AGAGUUCAUUUCCACAACAAAGACCAAAGUGACAAACUGUACUUACUAUUUGUUUGCAGUAUUGUUGAGAGUGUUGGUGAGGGCGUAACCGAACUUCAGCCAGGAGACCAUGUCCUCCCUGUGUUCACUGGCGAGUGCGGAGAGUGCCUGCACUGCAAGUCAGAGGAGAGCAACAUGUGUGAUCUCCUAAGGAUCAACACUGACAGAGGCACCAUGAUCAUUGAUGGGAAGACAAGGUUCUCUAAAAAUGGACAACCCAUUUACCAUUUUGUUGGGACCUCUACCUUCAGUGAGUACACCGUUGUCCAUACUGGAUGUGUUGCCAAGAUUAACCCUGCUGCCCCCUUAGACAAAGUCUGUAUCCUUAGCUGCGGAAUAUGCACGGGUCUUGGAGCCACUGUGAAUGUUGCAAAACCGAAAAAGGGUUCAUCUGUUGCUAUUUUUGGAUUGGGGGCUGUUGGCCUCGCUGCUGCUGAAGGUGCGAGGAUUUCUGGAGCUGCUAGGAUCAUUGGUGUUGAUCUGAACUCGAGUCGAUUCGAAGAAGCCAAGAAGUUUGGCGUGACUGAG